AUGGCCGAAUUCGAGACAAGUGACCUCGUUCGUGCGAACGGGCAGGUCAAGGUCCAGCGCAAGAAGGGCCCGCCGACCGCACGACUGGAUCCAGAGCAGGCGGCAAAGAAAAAGAGAAUACAGGAAGCACAGAAGCAGUAUGGACGGGGCCGGGGGAUAGAGACCAAGAGCAUCAAGGACAAGAAGCUGCGAGGGAAUCUCAAAGCGCUGGAAGAAAGAUACCAAGAGGCUGCGUUGAAAGCGAAAGAUGCAGAGAUUCUUCUCGAGAACGACUCAGGAUUUCUUGAACCAGAAGGAGAAUUGGAACGGACGUACAAAGUUCGUCAGGAUGAGAUCAAGACGGAUGUGGCUAUCGAGACUGCGAAGAAGUCAUUCGAGUUGAAGCUGGACCAGCUGGGACCAUACACAGCAGACUAUACGCGGAACGGAAAGGACCUGCUACUUGCUGGUCGCAAGGGACAUGUUGCGACCAUCGACUGGAGAAGCGGAAAGCUAGGCUGUGAGCUGCAACUUGGCGAGACUGUGAGAGAUGCGAAGUGGCUUCACAACAACCAAUACUUUGCAGUUGCGCAAAAGAGGAAUGUGUACAUCUACGAUCAUCACGGCGUUGAAAUCCACAACCUUGACCAGCACAUCGAAGUCACGCACAUGGAGUUCUUACCAUAUCACUAUUUGCUGGCAACAAUUGGGAAGGCCGGAUGGUUGAAAUGGCAAGAUACGUCGACUGGCAAGAUCGUCAUGCAAAUGGGAACGAAGCAAGGGACGCCAACAGCGCUCGGCCAGAACCCAUACAACGCAGUUCUGCACGUUGGACAUCAGAACGGAACAGUCUCGCUCUGGUCACCGAAUUCAACCACUCCACUCGUGAAGAUGUUGUGCCAUCGUGGUCCAGUACGGUCACUCGCUAUGGAUAGAGAGGGUCGUUACAUGGUCAGCACUGGUCAAGACUCGAAGAUGGCGGUCUGGGAUGUUCGGAAUUUCAAGCCUGUACAUGAGUACUUCCUUCGACAGCCAGGAUCUAGUGUGGCAAUCAGCGAUCGAAAUCUCACGGCCGUUGGCUGGGGCACUCAGACGACAGUCUGGAAAGACCUAUUCUCCAAGCACCGAUCGGACGUCGAUCAAGUCAAGGUCCAGUCGCCAUAUGUGGCAUGGGGCGCUCAAGGGCAGACAGUCGAGAGAGUACGAUGGUGCCCAUUUGAAGACGUUCUAGGCAUCGGUCACAAUCAAGGCUUCACGUCGAUCAUCGUCCCUGGUGCUGGCGAGCCCAACUUUGACGCCCUAGAAGUCAACCCCUACGAGAAUGCCAAGCAGCGACAAGAAGGCGAAGUCAAAUCCCUUUUGAACAAGCUGCAGCCAGAGAUGAUCAGCCUGAACCCAGACUUCGUGGGCAAUCUCGACAAAGCUUCACACGAACAGCGGCAAUUGGAAAAGGAUCUGGACCGCAAGACUGGAGUUGAAGCCGAGAGGGAGCGUGUCGAGGAGCUGAAGAAUCGUGGCCGAGGAAAGAACAGCAGCUUGAGGAAGUAUAUGAGGAAGAAGGGCAACAAGAACGUCAUCGACGAGCACAAGAUGCGCGUCACGGAGAUGAGAGAGAAGCAGCGCCAACGUGCGAAGGAGAUCAAGGAGGGAAAGCAGCAAGAAGAACUUGGUCCUGCUCUUGCGAGAUUCGCAAAGAAAGGAGGUUGA